AUCUUCUUUCUCACAUACCAUAAAUCCCCAAACUACCCUCCAAAUAUUUGUUUAAUUUUUGUUUAUCCGUUAUUCAUCAUUCUCAAAAUCCACGCAGUUCCUUUCUGUCGUUUGUUGCGAGGUUUCUCCUGUUUGUGGUUCCGUUUUUUUUACAAGGAAAAACAAAGCUAAAAAGUCUAUCAAAAACCCUUCCAAGCUCCUGCUCUGGCUUUAAUGAUCUGAAUCUGAUCGAUUGGAGUCGUCGGUCAAAUUCAAGCAUGGACAGAAUCAUCGGUGGUAAAUUCAAGCUCGGCCGUAAGAUCGGUAGUGGAUCCUUCGGUGAAAUUUAUCUCGCUACGCACAUCGAUACGUUUGAGAUCGUCGCUAUUAAGAUCGAGAACAGGAGAACAAAGCAUCCGCAGCUGCUUUACGAAGCCAAACUGUACAAUAUUCUACAAGGAGGAAGUGGAAUUCCAAGCAUAAAAUGGUCAGGUGUUGACGGGGAAGAAAAUGUACUUGUUCUCGAUUUGCUUGGACCGAGUCUGGAAGAUCUUUUCGUGUACUGCGGCAGGAAAUUUUCGCUGAAAACCGUCUUAAUAUUGGCUGAUCAAAUGAUUACAAGAAUUGAAUAUGUUCACUCGAAGGGAUUUCUUCAUAGAGAUAUAAAGCCUGAUAACUUCCUCAUGGGACUUGGUCGCAAAGCAAAUCAGGUUUACAUAAUUGAUUUUGGGCUUGCAAAAAGAUAUCGAGACUCUGUAACUAAUCGCCACAUUCCCUAUAGAGAAAACAAGAAUUUAACGGGCACUGCACGUUAUGCAAGUUGCAACACACAUCUUGGAAUAGAGCAAAGUCGGCGGGAUGAUUUGGAGUCACUUGGCUAUGUACUUCUAUAUUUUCUUAGAGGAAGCCUUCCAUGGCAAGGUUUGAAAGCUGCCACAAAGAAGCAGAAAUAUGAUAAAAUAUGUGAGAAGAAGGUGUCCACGCCUAUUGAGGUUCUUUGUAAGUCUCACCCGGUGGAGUUUGCAUCCUACUUUCAUUAUUGCCAUUCCUUGACAUUUGAUCAACGACCUGAUUAUGGAUUCUUGAAGCGCCUGUUCCGUGAUUUAUUUUCUCGUGAAGGUUAUGACUUUGACUACAUAUUUGACUGGACAAUCAUCAAGUACCAGCAGGCCCAGAAAAGUAGAUCUCAGCCUCAAUUGUCUUCAACUCGCGGAGGUAGCAGUAAUCGGCCAUUGCCAGUUGGCGCGGACAAUCAUCGAGGAGGCAUCAGUGCUACUUAUUCAACUGACAUCAAUAGAUCAAGCGAUGUUUUGGGUCAUGGUGUUCACAUGCAAUUUAAACCGGCAACAGGAAAGAACUUGAUUUCUGAUACUUCUCUUGAUAAAAAUAUUUUUCACUCUCAUACUCCUUCGUCUUCAUUUUCACCUGCUGGCACUUCAAAAAGAAAUGGUCAGAAAUCAACUUUGCCCCCUGAAGCUGCUAAUUCCAGCCGUGGACAGGGGAACAAAAUUGGACCUUCAAGUAGUUUGAUUUCAUCAUUGCAGCGCAUUUCUUCUGCCAAAUGAUGAAAAUGUAUGCAUUUCUGGCUACAGUGCCGUCACGAGGGAAGAUUACGGAAUCAUAAUUCAGGGAUGCAUUUGAAGAUCUUAAGACAAAUAUUUAUGUACAUGUUAACCAUGGCAGAUCAAGUAAAGGCUGCUAAAUUCCGACAGGUGAACACUGAUGACACUAGUGAUGGUAAUAUCUUUCCCUUAGUCCUUGGUUCUGCUACUAUCUACAGUUGAGCAGUACCUUCGAUUUCAACUUGAUUUGGUGGAAUUGGUUAAUCUAUUACAAAAACACUUCACCUCCGAUAGACUGGAAUGUUGACAGGGUACUAUGCCAACAAUAUGUAACUACCAAGUUUGUCUUAUUAUGUAAAACCCGAAUAGAAGCUGUUCGGGAUAGUCAGAGAAGAUAUAAACUAAACUAAAAUUUGCUUUUCACUAUGGCCACUCGGAUUCCAGAGAUCUGAGGAGCUCGAUGUGGCUAAGAUUGGACUUUAUGAGCAAUUUCAUGUCUGUGUUUGAAGUUUGGAACCAGGUGGGGUGAUAAAACAUUUCCCUUUCACCAA